AUGGCAUGUCCAACUUGUCCGGAACUUCAACUCUCCUUUGGUAACGUGAUGAACUGUUCGGAUAUUAGUGGGGACAAAGUUUGCACAGUAUCUUGUGUAGCAGCGUACGCCUUCGCUCCAGAAAAUCGUCCCCUCAAACAGUACAAAUGUGGACAAAGCACUGGUUAUACUUGGAAUGGCCUUACACCUGCUUGCGGGAAGGCAAUGAUACCCAAUAAAUUAUCUUCAGUAACUGUCAUUGAGUACAACUCAUCAAUGCCAUGUACCGACUCCUCAAUAGUUAUAGAAACUCUACAUAAAACAUUAGAAUCAACUUUGUCCUGCUAUAAACAAGGGAUAUGUGAACUAACAACUUCAAUGGACGAAUGUAAAAUUAAAAACGAAGCAGGUUCUUUAAAAGUAACUUUGAAUGCAACACUUCCUGACGAAGACUUGGAUUUGAUACAUUACUUGGAAACCGGAAAGUUGGAUAAAGGUUUGAAACGCUUGGUAGACACACUGGUAGACCUAGAAAAUUCUACCAAAAAAAUAAAUGACUCAAGUGAAGUCCUUUCCCUCGACAUGGGCGGGAUUAAGUAUUCACCUUCAAGAAAACAGGCUACAGGAAUUGUUGUGUGUGGAGUUGGACAAGGAAGUGAUGGCCCUAUUUGCA